UCAUUGCCUCUUCGAGGGAAGAGUGGAAGAGAAAGUAAGAGAAGCCCCCUGCGCUGCUGUAGGUUCAAGUGCGGACGUGACGUGCCAGCGAACUUGACCGUCCAGAGGUAGAUGAUGGACAUGGACCUACAAAACACUCGCAGGAGGAGGAUUCGAGGAAGUCUGAGUGGGAGGGGGGUGAGAGUGAUAAAAACCAAUGAUGGGUUGCAUGUGAACCACAGACCCAAGCAGCCAAUGGGCUGACAAAGAGAGAGAGAGAGAGAGAGAGAGAGAGAGAGAGAGAGAGAGAGACGGCGAGAAUCUACGACUCAUUGGGACUUCCUCAAAUUACAAAAUUUGAGCGCAACACUGAAGAAAUAUUAUAAAAUAUGAUCAUAACAUAGUCAAAUAUAUAAUAUGUUUUUAGUGGAAACUAGAGAAAGGAGUGGACUUUUUAGGUUACGUUUUACGCAAACUAUAAUGGGAAAAGUAUUUCUUUCAUAAUCAAUUUUUUGUGUCAAACCAAAUGAAAGCUUAAAAGUUCUUCUAAACGAAAGCGGCUGUGAGGUGCAAAUUUUGCUGUGCACAAUUGCGCUCUCUAGUGUUUAAUGACUUAAAGAUUGAUCAUUUAAUUGUGUACUUAUAUACAGCACACUUCACUGUAAUUGAUACUUCAGUCUGAUUGAAAUCUUAGUAAAAAAUUGAAAUGAAAGAAAGGUGAAAACAUUAAUGUUUAUUUGAAUUAAUCUCUAAUUGCAUAAUAAUGUAUGUCAAAUUUUAACAUCUGAAUAUACAUUCUUGAGGAACUAUUAAAAAUCAAAAGGGAAAAGGUAAAAAUACAUAUGAUAUUUUAAAAUAUAAGUUUAUAAAACGUUUAAAUACCCAGGCAUUCACUAUUAGUUCUUACUGGAAAGCUUAUUUUUUUACUAUACCAUAAAAUUACCAUUGUAUUAUAAUAAUGAUCACUUUUUAAUUUUGUUUUGAUUUAGUUGUUUUUAGGUUACUGUAACGGAGAAGCGUAUGUCUCAAUGCACCGAUGGUAUUUAAAAAAAGUUAAAUAAACAAAUGUGCUGCUCAUAUUUCCCAGCAAUUUUAAAUUAUUUUCUUAUAUCUGUUGCGACGAGCUAUACAUUAAAACAGCAACAACAUAAGAUAAUCAUUAUCUGCUGACCACAAGUAGCGUCUUUCAUUGUUUUCUUGACGCUGCAGCGCCAUCGUGCGUCAAGAAACGGUACUGCACGUCAGACAGGGAUGGGCAGAGAAGCAGUGCUCCGUUCUCCGAGAAGAACAGACGGAUGUAAUUUAUGAAAUAAAUACACUGGGAUUUACAGGAAGGACCUAAGUAUCGGAGAAAAGAAGAGGAUUGGUCAAGUCAAGAUGAGUUUGACAUCCUGGUUCUUAGUGGGUGGCGGGGGAACAAGGCAUCGCCUUCCCCAGGAAAUGAUCUUCGUGGGACGGGAUGACUGUGAGCUUAUGCUACAGUCUCGCAGUGUAGACAAACAACAUGCUGUCAUUAAUUAUGAAGUAUCGACAGAUGAGCAUAAAGUUAAAGACCUGGGCAGUCUGAACGGGACAUUUGUGAAUGAUGUUCGUAUACAGGAACAGCAGUAUAUUACUUUGAAAAUGGGUGACAAGCUGAGGUUUGGCUAUGAUACCAACCUAUUUACAGUGGUGCGUGGAGAGCUACAUGUUCCAGAGGAGGCGCUGAAGCACGAAAAGUUCACCAGUCAGCUUCAGUUGAUGCAGAAGCUUGAGCAUUCACGAGAAGCCACCAAGAGUCCGGAAUUUAAAGGAGCAGAGGGAGGAAAAGAAACCAAACCUUCUGAACCAUCCCUGAAUGCAGAAGAGAAACUGCCAACAGACAUAGCCAUGCUCCAAAGAGGAACCCCAUUGUAUGGACAGCCAUCUUGGUGGGGUGAUGGUGAUGCAGAUGAUGAGAACUCUGUAAAGCAGGGUACAAGAGUUCCUGACCAAAAACAAGCCAAGUGUGAAGCAGGCCGUAAAGACAAUGCAUCAAAGCAGCAGAUGGUUCCGGGAAACCCACCUCAGAUUUUUGGACCCCAAGAGCCCAGCUACUUUGAGAUCCCGAGUAAGGAGACUCCACCAGUGGAUUGUGGCACUGAAGAAAACCUAAUUAGCAACACAGAGGCAGCGGCAUCAGCUUCCGCAAUCCCACCAUCAGAGGGCGGAGCACAUGGACACGCCUCCUUUACUAUCGAGUUUGACAUGGGCACUUCAGGGAAAGGUAAAGACAAGGCUGCGAAGGGUUUCCAGGACAAUCGGCAGCUUCCGAAAAGAGGGGCUGGGGAGGAGCUGUGUGCCUUGCAGGCGGCCAUGGUGGCAGCGGAGGUGAAGGUGGCUGACUGGCUGGCGCAGAACGAGCUGCCACUGGCUCGCUCCGAAUCCGUAGCGGAGGACGGAGACAGCGCGAAAAGUGACGUGCCGGUUCAGCUGAAAAGCCUAAGAGGCAGUAAGCAUGAAGAUGGCACUCAGAGCGACUCAGAGAACGCCUUGGGAGAACAGCUCACCAGUCGAAGGGCGUUCCUGCAGGAGCGGUACAGAGGAAGGCAGGGUGUUCCGUGGACAGAAGGGCUUUUCUAUGGGAGGGAAGAUCUCCUCCAGCACAAACCAUCUUCUGCAACUAGAAAGAUGGCACCGGUAGGGGGCGAGGCUGGCAAAAUAGCAAACAGUUCAUCGCCGCAGAAAACCAAAAUGGCCAGAGAGCAAAGCUCAGAGUCUCAGGAGACUUCUAACAGAGGACAGACAGAUGACCAAAGCGACAGAGGGACUUACACCAUUGAGCUUGAAAAUGGCAAUGCAGAAGAGGAAGAGGCCAGACGAAUGAUUGAUAAGGUGUUUGGGGUUGAGGAUAAUCAAGCCCUGACACAACUGCGUUUCCCAAAGCAUCAGCGAGAAAGAGGCACCAUCUGUCCAAGAUCCGGAGCCAUGGAAACAACACAAGCUGGUUAUGGUGGUGCAGAGGUGUUACCAGACGACUUAGUUGUGGUUGGCGGUCCAAGGUGGAUCUCACAGUGGGCUAGUCUAGCUGCAAGUCAUAUAAGGACAGAUCCCGAAGGAUCCGGGUCAGAACCUGUUACUUACGUAGAUGACACAUCAGGACACUCAGAACGUAAACGUAGGACCCUUCCACAGCUUCCUACAGAAGACUCUACGGGUCUAGUGGCACCUGAGGGCUCGAAAAGCCAAUUCAGGCAGACGGUCUCUGCAUCUGAGAAACAGGACCUAGAACCUCAAGAGAAAGCAGACCAGCUUAAUAGAACAUCCAAAAGUAGACGCAAAGUAUUAGGAACAACUUUAGGUAGCACAGACGUCAAUCGCUCUAAAGCGAGCAAGGAGGCUUCAACCAAAACUCAUGAGCCGGGACGUAAAGCUGGUCAACAAGGAGCACAACCUAGGCAGACUGGAGCUGGUGAGAGAAAACAAGAUGAUGGUAAACAGAAAAAAGGUGUGGAGGACAGGGAAAAGACAGGGAAGCCGCUAUUGAGACAGGAGAGCUUUACAGUCGAAAGACCAAGCGCUAAUGUUCCUCUGGAGCUCAUACCCUGCAUUGAUGGGCCUGGCACCAAAACGCAACCAAGAGAAAUGGGAGUCAUCGCUGAGGGAAUCGACGUUGCCACCAUGCUGAAAGACUCAGAGGCUGUUGCUUCGUUUUUAGAAACCACUUUAUCAGACCUGGCAGAUCCCCUCAGCUACUCCCUGGAGGGCUCAGUCUCACCUGAAUCGGACAUUGAUACGACAAGCACUGUCAGCCAAGCUGGGGGAGAGGGUGGACGAAAGACAGCACAGAAGAAACGUUCAUCUGGAGGUCAAGGCCGUGACACAAACAAUAAGAACACCAGCACAACAGAAAAGAAAGGCAAAAUGCAGCCCUCCGGCUCCAAGGCUUGGACCUCUCUCGACCUCACAGAUGAUGACUUGAGCUCCUCUCUCCCGCAUGACACAGCAUCUACCACGCGGACGCAUGGCCGCGGUCAAAACAUCAGCACUAGAGCAGAGCCCACAGGCAGUAAAACUAGAGGAGCAAAGACACCAGCAGCUCCUACACCGGCAACCUCUAAACCAACCACCCUUCCCCGGCCCAGACCCACAAGGGCUUCCCUCCUUCGCCGUGCACGACUGGGCGACGCUCCUGACACCGAUCAUACCGAUGCUGACCGUAUGUCUGUGGCAUCUGAGGCAUCUACGGCGAGUUCUGCAUCGAGACCUUCAGCUGGCCGCAGGACACUCUCUCGGAUUGAAGCCCUUGCGCAACCACGAAGGCCGAGAGUGUGUUCUCCUUCAGCUCGGAGUGAUUCGGAGGCUACAUCAGGCAGGGUAAGGAGCUUCACCCCACGUCCGGCUCCUGAGAGCGGACUGCGCCUGGGCCUCAGAUCAACAGCAACCUCCUCUUCUGUGGUGGUCCCCAGAGCCAGGGCAAAUAGUGCUUCCAAACUACCUGAUAAAUGUGCUGGUGCUCCCCAUGUUCAAAGUACACCAGCAGCAGGUGGAAGGUGGCGCCGUGUACCUAUUGAAUAUGCUUCUACCUCUGAAGAUGAGUAUGGCUCGAACCGUCACCCCAGUCAGAACAACCUACUACGUCCAUUGGCUCCACGGGUGACUCAGCUUGGCGGUUCGGCCCCUGCAACACCCAGCCCGGGAGGUUUCUCUAUGCUUCAACCCCAGUCUUGCAGAGAACAGGAUGAUUACAUGAGAGACUGGACCGCUCACAGCGAAGAGAUCGCCAGAAUCAGCCAAGACCUGGCAAAGGAUCUGGCCAUGUUGGCGCGCGAGAUUCACGAUGUUGCCGGUGAGAUUGACUCCGUUAGUCCUUCCUCCGCUCCCCAAGCUUCAGUUGAUGACCGUGUCCUCGAGAACGUUCUUGGCAGUGCUCCAGAAAUCAGUUGCAGAGGUGUAGAAUUAAGACCUCGUGGGAAUAUCUGCAGUCAGGAUCCAAGAUCCAUCCGCCGUCAAACCUGGAGCAGAGAUGAGGGCGUGCUGGACAGUUUGUUGCUGGCAUCGGUUUCACAGCUCUCAGCAAAAAUCAGACAAGCUGUGGAAAAGACAGGCAACAAAAUAAGGAUUUUAUUCAAGGACAAAAACCGAAAGUGGGAAGAGAUUGAGAGAAAACUGCAGGCGGAGAAUGUGGUGCCUCUCCUCACGACUUCCAACCAGGAGAUCUCCUCCAUACUUCAGAACCUGAAGAGAGUGGAGCGACACUUGCUAGUGAUCGAUGUCAUGGUAGACCCUGAUGGUACUUUGGAUGCUCUGAGCAGUCUGGGUUUGACCAGCCCUCUGUUGGCUGAGAACAGAAUUAGUCCUGGCACACAGGAUCCAUCCAUCAGCCAGGCCGGGGAGGGAUCUGCUUAUUCAGAGGUCGCAGAACGAGAUCUCGGCCCGCAGGAGAAGAGAAAAGAGCAGCACACUGCCAAUCGAAACUAA